AUGAUUUUGUAUAGUAUUCAAAUUGUACGAGAAUAGGUCGAGAACUUGUUUUAUAGUUAGACGACUUUAAAUGUUAUGCAAAUGAAAAGUAAUAUUGUAUGUUAUGAAAAACAGUUAAACGUUACUGAUACUGAUAUCAUAAGAAGGAUUGGUACAUAUGAAGCAGUGUAAUAGAAACAAUUUAAUACUGUUACUGCCUUUAAGAAAGAAACAAAUAAUUGCAUUAUGACGAUAAUAGAUUACGUGCAAACUUUAUCCGAUAAUCCAUAUUUCGGAGCUGGUUUUGGUCUAUUUGGGUUAGGUGCCGGAGCAGCGAUGUUACGAAAAGGAAUGCAAGCUGGAAUGAUACUAUUUAGGCGACAUUAUAUGAUCACUUUAGAAGUUCCAUGCCGUGAUAAAAGCUACCAAUGGCUUUUACAAUGGAUUACACACAAAGGUGCAAAAGAAACACAACAUCUGUCAGUUGAAACAAGUUUCGAGCAAAGAGAAACAGGUCACAUAAAAACUAGAUAUGAUUUCAUACCAAGUAUUGGAACACAUUUUAUUAGAUAUGAAGGGAAUUGGAUAAGGGUAGAUCGAACUAGAGAACAACAAUCAUUAGAUAUACAAAUGGGUAUACCAUGGGAAACGGUACAACUUACAGCCUUAGGAAGAGAUAAAAAUAUCUAUUUUAAUAUUUUAGAAGAGGCCAGACAGAUGGCAUUAAAGGAGUAUGAAGGCAAAACGAUAAUGUAUACCGCAAUGGGAAGUGAAUGGAGACAAUUCGGACAUCCCAGGAAACGAAGACCACUAAAUUCGGUCAUUUUAGAUAUUGGGGUUGCAGAAAGAAUAAUAAACGAUUGUCGUGAAUUUAUGACAAAUCCUUCAUGGUAUAGUGAUCGUGGAAUUCCGUAUCGGCGAGGGUACUUAUUAUAUGGCCCUCCGGGUUGCGGAAAAUCGUCGUUUAUUACUGCGUUAGCUGGUGAAUUAGAACUGGGCAUUUGUGUUUUAAACUUAUCAGAGCGAGGUUUAACGGAUGAUAGAUUAAAUCAUUUACUAGCGGUAGCCCCGCAACAAACCAUUAUUCUUUUGGAAGAUAUUGAUGCCGCAUUUGCUAGCCGAGAAGAAAGCAAAGAAAUGAAAGCUGCGUAUGAUGGUUUGAAUAGAGUUACAUUUAGUGGUUUAUUAAAUUGUUUGGACGGCGUUGCUUCUACGGAAGCAAGAAUUCUAUUUAUGACGACCAAUUACUUAGAAAGAUUGGAUCCUGCGUUAGUUAGGCCUGGUAGAGUAGAUGUAAAAGAGUAUAUAGGUUGGUGUAGCGCAAAACAAGUGGAACAGAUGUUUUUGAGAUUUUAUAGGGAUAUUGACGACAGAGCAAAUAAACUUGCUAAACAGUUCACAGAAACUGUAAUAUCGCAAAACAAACAAGUUAGCCCAGCGCAAAUCCAAGGAUUCUUUAUGUUUUAUAAAAACAAUCCUGAUGAUGUAUUAAAAAAUGUUUCACACAUAUGGGAACUUACGUGAUAAAUCGUAUUAUUAAGUAAUGUAGAACAUCAUUUUGCACGACAAAUUCGUACAGCGACACGUUGAAUAGUCAUAAGAAAUAUGCAUGUAAGGAUAAAAAAAGUAUACAGUUUAAAACAUUGUAAAUACGAAAGUAACAAUACCAAUAAUAAUAAUAGUGAUACAAA